UCAUUCUCCCUUUUAGUCAGCUGAUAAAUCCCGUCCACGCAGCAGUAGUUGUAGUAACAUCAAGUGAUAGUAUUUUUUAAAAGGAUCUUUCUAAUAUGCCUUUCGUAACCCUGACUACCAAUCUGUCUUCUGAAAAAGUGGACAAAGCCUUUUCGGAGAAGUUUUCGGAAAAGUUAGCAGAAACUUUAGGGAAACCCAUAGAACGUAUUUCAGUGACUGUAGUGGCUGGGCAGCAGAUGUGCCGAGGUGGAAGCUGGGACCCAGUGUGUGAGAUUCACGUGUUAGCCAUUGGACUAGAUUCCUCAGAGAAAACCCAAAAGCCAGCGGAAGAAUUGACCAAAUUCGUGUCUGACCGAACUGGCAUUCAACCUGCAAGAAUCUGCUUCACCUUCCGACCACUGCUACCUCAUCAGGUUUCCGUGAAUGGGGCUCUAAUGGGAUGACUUCAACGACCAUCGAGUGUGACUUCAGCCAUAAUAGAUGAUUUGGAAUGAGCUAGCAAUAAACUAUUCUAUAGU